AUGGUAAAAGUGGACCAGCAACCAAACGACGACGAUUUCGGCGUAUUUGCAAUUGCAAAUGCUUUCGAGCUGUUGAGUGGUAGGAAUGCCGCAUGCAAAUACAUUCAUCAGCAAAUGAGGAAACAUCUUAUCUCUUGCUUGGAGAACGGGAAAAAAAAUAAAUCACAGCAUUUCCAAAGAGAUU